UCAAGCAAAACCUCAGUAGUCACUCACACCUCCUGUCAAAAGUAGUGUCCGGAAUCCGGACUGUUCGAAAGAGAGAAAGUCCCAAGAAAAUUCAUUGUAAUGCUCCAGGGGUGGAUACUCGUUGUCUUAAUCACUUUUGUUUCGUGGUCGGUUGUGUCGGCAUUGAAAUUUCGGAGCACUGGAAAUUGCUCCUUUGUCAAACAUGUGUCGUUGAAGAUCGUUUGCAAAGGCUUCGUGUCUAAGGAGAUACAUGAGCUUUAUCGAGACCACCGGGCCCCCGAGAGUUCGAACUUCAGUAUUUGGCAAGGAUCUGAAGAGGACAGCGAGAUCUUCUUAGCUUCUUUCCACUCUCCCCUGGCGGAGUUUAUGACCAUCAAGAUCAUGACAAACGCCGUUUACCCUGACCAGCACUCAUUUUUAGUAGAGGGACAGAGCGGGCCGCUUAACCUGAAAAUCGCACAGUCCACUAUUCACUGUUUCGACUUCAGCCUGCGCUACCCCAUGGAACUCAAGAGGCUGUGUCUUGGUCAGGCCAGGGAGACUAGUGGAAAUGAAGUAGCCAAGAAGCCUAUCCUUCACUACGGCGCCUUUGAUGUCCAGAAAGCCACAUCGAAUGAAGCAUCAAGGACGAUAAAACUUCGAGUUCCAGUAAUGGUUGCCACUUUCACUUUAAUAUUCUAUCUUUUGAAAUUGAUGUAUUGAACAAUAAACGAUACUUGGAUUAUGUA